GAGCAAAAGCUCAUGAGAUAAGUAUACCGGUGAGGCUGAGAGUAAAUCACUUACCAAAAAAAAAUUGAGUGCAAUAGAUAAGAAUUUGUUCUUGUGUGUUUUCUCCUGAAUUUUAUUUCUGUGCAAAUUCCCCCUUCGAUCCGUAUCUGUUUUAUUUUAUUUUUUUCAAAAGAAAAGCGAUUUCUAGGCUUGUGUUUGAAUGGUUUUGAUCAAUUAUUUACACAGCAAAGCAAACUUUUGAAACUGGAUUUUCUUUAAUCUUGCAUCUGUUAGUAUUUCCAGAACAGAGAGAUCAAUCUUUUUUAUUUUUUUAUUAUUGAUCUUCUUGUUUUUCUUUUAAAAUAGUUUCUGAGGGUAUUUUUUUUGUUUCCCUCCUUUCGGAUCUGCAAAGAGGUUGUUUAUUUCAAAUCUCUUGGAUCUAUCUAUUAUUUUCGAAUUCGAUUUUCCUUUUACAUAAAAAAAAAUUAUAAUGGCAACUACUAUGGAUUACUACAAUAGCAAAACGUUUCAACAAACCGAUCCUUUCGGUGGCGAAUUAAUGGAAGCGCUUUUACCUUUUAUCAAAAGCCCUUCCACUGAUUCACCCGCCUCUGCGUUUUCGUUUGCGUCUUACCCUGACGUCUGCUUGACCCAACCGAUUCCAUACGUGUCGUCGGAUCUUAACCAGACACACUCGUACUCCAACCUUCUCAGUCCUAAACCGGUUCCCAUGAAGCAAACCGGUUCUCCGCCAAAACCGAUGAAGCUGUACAGAGGAGUGAGGCAGCGUCACUGGGGAAAAUGGGUCGCCGAGAUCCGUCUACCCAGGAACCGAACUCGCCUCUGGCUCGGAACCUUCGACACGGCGGAGGAAGCUGCGUUGGCCUACGACAAGGCGGCGUAUAAGCUCCGCGGAGAUUUCGCCAGGCUCAACUUCCCUAAUCUCCGAGGAGAGUUCGGCGAGUACCAGCCUCUUCAAUUUCCAGUCGACGAUAAGCUCGAAGCUAUCUGUAAGAGCUUGGCCGAGACUCAGAAGCCAACGAAGAAGUCUUCUUCCCGGAGACGUUCAUCCACCGCGAAACAACCGGAGGAAGUCAAGUCGGAGGAUUACUCUAGCGUUGUAUCUCCGCCGUCGACGGAGAACUAUGGAUCGCCGUUGUCGGAUUUGACGUUCGUUGAUGUGGAGGAGGAGCAGCAGCCGUGGAACGUGAACUUCGCGUUGGAUAAGUAUCCGUCGUACGAGAUCGACUGGGACUCGAUUCUGUCAACGUAGAUGAUGGUUUGUAAAUUAGGGGAUGCCAUAGGGGUAUUUUAGGAAACUGGAGGUCUCUGCGAUGGAGUUUUUGGUCAUUGCAUUGAGACACGUUAGGUGGGGUCCUUUUGUGUUAUUAUUAAUAAGUGGAUGUACCUUAAUGUAAAUUAUUUAUUACGUUUCUGCGUCGGUGGAAGCUGGAUUUUUUUGUCAUGCUUCACACCGUGCGAGAUUUUUUUUUUUUUUUAAUGUACUUUGUAGUUUCCCCUUGUCUUAAUUCCAAAGUGUUUUAGCUUCCAGUUCAGAUACGUAUUGUGCAAUAAAAAAAAGUGUGUGUAAUAAUG